AUGUCGACCUCCCGCAAGCAUUCUCUCACUCGAGAAGAACAGGAAGCUCAAAAGGAAGCUUGCACAAGACAAGCGUCGUCAGAGCCCAGCCGACAACGCCCGGACAACGACGGGUUUGUAGAUGGAUUUUCGAGGAUUUACGAUCCAAAAGAUCCGGAUGCAGGCAUCCCUCCUGACCUUUACGCCGUCACAUCUGCCAUCAUUGUCGACCUGAACCCGCCAGGCACGACCCUUUUCGCGUCAAACCUCUCGCUCCUUCCACAACAACAGCUUGUUGACUUCAUCAAUCGCGUCCUUCCGUGGAUCCUGACGGAAUGCAACAAAGCACGCUCAACCGACUAUGAUGAUAAGUGGUUUGGCUUGGAAGGGCAAUCAUUUGAAGAGCUGCCGUUCGAUGUUAUUGUGUCUCUGGCGUACCAGUGUUUGGUGGACGCAUGCUGUGUUGUUCGACUCGCUGACCCUGCUGCUGCGCCGGCUAGUGAUGAAGAGGAAGACCAGAAAGACGAGAGUGAGAAACCAAGCGUGGGGGCUGAUGCAACGGGGUUGGGCCUGAUGGGGGAUGCUGGGGAUGAUGGGAAUGAAGCGGAGCAGCCACAGGGCGGUGAGCAGUGA